AUGAGGUCCAUCGUGAGCCUCGCCAUUGCGGCAUCCCUCGCCGCCGGUGUUGUUGCUCAACCCCACAAUCACCGUCACCGCCAUGUGAAGAAGGACACCGCUUCGCCCGUCGACAAGCGCGAACCCGAUGUCGUCGUCGUGUACGAGUCCGGCCCGAUGGUGACCGCCUACGAACUGGGGGGAAAGCCUGUCACCGAAGAGGAGGCCAAGAAGGGCAUCGCCGAUGGUCUGUUUGUUGUUGUCGGCGAGACCACGCCCUCCUCGACCCCUCUGCCGUCCCCCUCGACCUCCACGGCCCCCAAGCCUUCCGCUUCUAAGGACGCCCAGUUCUUCGAGGUCAAGGACUACAAGCCCUCCACCUCAUCGACCCCGACCCCGACCCCGACCCCGACUCCUACCCCCACUCCCACUCCCACUCCGACCCCGACUCCUUCGUCCAGCUCGACCGAGGCGCCAGCUUCCACCUCCAAGUCCUCGAGCGGAGGCUCCAGCAGCUCCGGAGGCACGGGCCUGACCGCCGAGUUCCCCAGCGGCACUAUCCCUUGCUCAAAGUUCCCCUCUGAUUACGGCGCAAUCCCGGUCGACUACCUCGGCACCAACGGCUGGACUGGCAUUCAGAGAACCCCCGACUACAGUAUCGGUGACGCGUCGAUCUCCUUCAUCGAGACUGCCGUUGCCUCUGACGGCGGCGGUUGCACCAAGAACUCCUUCUGCUCAUACUCUUGCCCCGUUGAAUACCAGAAGACCCAAUGGCCCACCGCUCAGGGCUCAACCAAGCAAUCUAUUGGUGGACUUUACUGCAACGCCGACGGUUACCUCGAGCUCUCUCGCCCUACCAAGAAGACCCUUUGCGAGCUGGGCGCCGGCGGCGUCUUUGUCCAGAACGACCUCGAUGACAUUUCCUGCAUUUGCCGUACCGACUACCCUGGUCUCGAAAACAUGGUCAUUGCCACUGUUCCCCAGCCCGGCCAACAGUUGCCACUCACCAACCCUAGCUCCGCCGACUACUACGUCUGGAACGGCAGCCCUACCACCGCACAGUACUAUGUCAACAAGCUCGGUUACACCGUUGAGGAAUCUUGCGUCUGGACCAGCGACAAGGACCCUCUUGGCGCCGGUAAUUGGGCCCCCGUCAACCUCGGUGUUGGCAAGAGCUCCGACGGCAACACUUACAUCUCCAUCUUCAACAACGCACCAACCUCGACCGCCGAGCUCGAUUUCAACAUUGAAAUUACGGGCGAUGUUAACAGCAAGUGUGCGCUUAUCAAUGGCUCCUACACCGGAGGUGGCACUGGCUGCACUACGGCCAUGCCCGCCGGCGGAAAGGCUAUCAUCAGAUUCUACAAGUGA